GGGCUGUUGCAUACACACACACACACACACACGCACGCACACGCCACUCCGCACACACGCACAUAACGCGCAAAAGCGUUCCAACCGGAGUCUUUUCGAGGAGACGAUUUCUAUUUUUAUUUUUUUAUUUUAUUGAGGAAAGGAAAAAAAACAAAACAAAUGAACGCGGAAAGAUGGGAAUGUCGCCGAGCUGAUUGAGAUCUACUCCUCGAUCCCCCCACCUCCACUCCCCCCUCCCCAACAGACGCAGGUCGGAUUCAUCCUCCUCUAACACUUUGGGUCCAAAGAGCGGCGGUGCAUUUUUACGCGCUGGGCAUAUCGCUCCGGGAAGGCGGACCGAGGCUCUGCACGCAGCGCAGUCCCCUCACGCUGAGAGCCGGGAGGGAUAUUUACAAUAGAAACUCCCGAUUCCUUUUAGCGGAGAAGAAGAAUAGGAGGGGAGAGAAAAAAGGAGAAGAAGAAAAAGAAGGAGGAGGAGGAGUGAAAGAUAACACUGGAAUGAGGAGGACCUCCAAGAUUCCUGGCGUGCUGCGGAGUUGUGACUGAUGGAUGAAUGUGGUCAUCUGUAGGCUAAAAACGGGCGACAGGUACAGGAGACCAGCGGGGAGCUUUUGACCGACCGGAUUGAAACGUUGGAGGUUUUUUUUUCUUUUUUGUUUGUUUGUUUUGUUCGGGUUUUUUGUUUUUCCUCCCUCUCCUCCCCAAAUAGGGUUAAAGAGGGGGAAAAAAAAUUUAAAACAGCCACAGGUCAUCCAGGACAGUCGUUUCCUCCAGAUCAUCCUGCGCACACAUCGCUUCAGAUCAGUCAAGGACGAAACGAGCAGCAGUCGGUGGAGAGAGAGGAGAGGAGAGGAUUGAUCAGACAUAUCGAUAGCCGGGAUAGGAUCUGGAGACGGGUCUGAAGAGGAAGUCGGACAGGGGGACAUGUAUCUGACAGCGACCUCGCAUGCUCCCGACUGAUCCCGAGCUCAACCUUCCCACGGGCCGAAGCGCGCAGCCAAGGCGCGACGCAGCGCGGCCCCUGCCCCCCGCCGUCCCCCCGUCGCUCCGGCUUCUCCGGCUCUCUGUCCUCGGCGUGAAUUCCCCCCUCAGCAUGGCGGGGCUCGGAUGUUGGAAGUAUUACCUCUGGAUGUUUAUUCUAACGUGCAGGUCGGCGCUGCCCUCGGCCAAGUCGCUGGAGACGAUCAUUUGGAGCUCGCAGAAUCCCAAGUUUCUUCCUGGAAAGGGUCUUGUGAUCUACCCGGACAUCGGGGACAAGCUGGAUAUCAUCUGUCCCAGCGCGGACCAGGGCCGAGAUUACGAGUUCUACAAGCUGUAUCUGGUGAAGAGAGAGCAGGCGGAGAGCUGCAGCACGGUGCUCGACCCCAACGUGCUGGUGAACUGCAACAAGCCCGGAAAGGACAUCAAGUUCACCAUCAAGUUCCAGGAGUUCAGCCCCAACUACAUGGGCCUGGAGUUCAAGAGGAAUGUCAACUACUACAUCACCUCAACCUCCAACGGCACGAUCGAGGGCCUGGAGAACCGCGAGGGAGGCGUGUGCAAGAGCCGAGCCAUGAAAGUCAUCAUGAAAGUCGGGCAAGACCCAAACGCAGCGAACCCAGAGGCGCCGGAAACCCAGGAGGACAACUCGAUACCGGAGACCAGCAGUUCCGGUCCGCCCGACCCGAGUAAGACUGGGCCUGUGAUGCCAGGAAUCCCUGGCCCCAAGAUCCAAGAUGAUCCCGGGUCCUCCUCCAGCACCGACGGCUUCUUGAGCUCCAAGGUGGCCGUGUUCUCCUGCAUCGCCAUCGGAUGCAUCAUCUUCCUCGUGCUCAUUCUGCUCCUCGUCAUCCUCCUCAUCAAGAUGCGCAAGCGCUCCAGGAAAAACGCGCACUCGCAGGCCCGCCCGUCGGCGCUGUCGCUCAGCACGCUGUCCAACCCCAAGCUGCCCGGCGGCACGGCCGGCACCGAGCCCAGCGACAUCAUCAUCCCCCUGCGGACAGAGAACAACUACUGCCCCCACUACGAGAAGGUGAGCGGGGACUACGGUCACCCGGUCUACAUCGUCCAGGAGAUGCCGCCGCAGAGCCCUGCCAACAUCUAUUACAAGGUUUGACGCGCUCCAGGGGAGCCGGCGGCGAUGGCCAGGAGAGAGGAGCGCUUGAUUUACGUUCUUGGGAAGAACGUUUUCCUUUGAAUCUUUUUUUGAGGAGGGGGGCGCGGGGACUUGAAGCAACCCCCCCCUCCUUGUUAUUUGUACCACCUGCUGCACAAAUCUGGAGAAACACGUACUGAGCAGUCACCAGCGGGGUUGGGAGCUGACUGAUGAGAGACCCCGACCGUCGCCCCUCUCCUCCCUCACCUCCCUCACCCCCCCACCAGUAUGCGUCUCCCCUCCGACCCCAACCACUCCCGGAGAGUCUGGACUGGACCAACAGAUGGACCUCUAGCUUCCCUGUCCCUGCUAAUGGACAGGAUAUAACUUAUCUCGGCUCCCCGAAGUACAGCUUGUGCUACACCCAAUUAAACACGCCAUCCCCAGCACACAACCGGCCGGGAAGCAGGCAGGCAGGGGGUGGAGGGGGUUGCCUCUGGUGAGCAAGUAGGAAAGGAAAAAAAAAACCCAACAUCAAGGUGUUUGUACGUGUGCACCACUGUGCGCGUUUCGUGUGGGGGGCCUACCUCCCCACCCUCCCGCCGUUGCUGGGCCAGGGAAACUCUCCAGAUAGCUCAGGUAUCUUUACACAGUGUGUGGAAAAACGUGCUCCUCUCCCUUACGCACCUCUGAUGUUUGCCUUACUUACUAUUUUUGAUGGAGGAGAUUUCCUCGAACCCUGAUUAAGUUCACGAAGCAGUUGUAUUUUGUUAGACUUUUCCUACAAGUGCACAAUGUAUAGAGCUAAACCCAUUGUCAUAACGACUCCCAACCCCUCACCGCCCACGCCAUCUCGCCGCUUUUAAUCUGUUGACACCCCACUUUUACCUGGACUCUUUGCUGUCGAGGUGUGUAUGCUUGCAUGUGUGUGUGUGUGUGUGUGUGUGUGUGUGUGUGUGUGUGUGUGUGUGUGUGUGUGUGUGUGUGUGUGUGUGUGUUGCACACGUGGAAGUCCUCCCCUCCUGCUCUGCUGAAAUGAGUUCCAGCAUUGCUCUGGCACAUUUGUGUGUGUGUGUGUAUUUCAGGGUGUGUCCUCGUUGAGUGCGGUUGGACAUGUCCGGACCUGUUUCUCUAAGAAGUGUGGAGACCUUAUUGGAUUUGACAUCGAGAUACUGUAUCCAAAGCAUGACAAGUAAAAAAAAAAAUAGAGGGUGAUGCGCCGACCGACAGACGAGAUCUAGCAAACACUCUUGAGUGCUCCAAGUUGGCACCGAUCGGAGACCUUACUGUCGGAUCGGCUUUCAGACAGGCAGGCAGGUUGCUAUUUGUUCGCUUUAUCUCCUGGAGCCGCAGUUGAAUCAUCCCAAAAAAAAUUUAAUUUGAGGGGCGUCGGUCAGAUGGCUCUCCGCUGAUUGGCUAGCCUACAGAGGUAUGAUGCCCCACAUAUAGGUUUGGACAGAGAGCCGGACUACAGUAUCAUCACAUUCCAAUUGGCCGCCAUCUGGAGAUGAGUCAGCGUGUGACUAAUCUACGUGCCAUCUCCAUGCCCACUCUCACCACCCGACUGGGGGCGGGAAGGACGAGGGGGAGAAAAAUUGUCCCCGUGACUCGGCUUUAGCUUGAGAGGACGAUGGAGGUGGGAACGGGUGAGGCGGUGCCGGCUGAGGCACUUUCGUUUUCGCAGGCCUCUCUCUUACCAGCUGUGCUGUGAAUAAAAAUGCUGCGUGGAAUAUUCAGCGAGGACACUGCAGCUCAGCUAUCACACAGCCCAGGGCGACAGCAUCAAGGCGGGAUUUUACUGCAGCUGCACGAGUGUAAAUUUGAGGGGGAUGUUUUUGUGUGUGUGCACACAUAGGUGCUUAUUUGUGCUUAUAUUUGCAGUUUCCACUUAGUGGAUGUGGGCAAAUUUUGUCUGCUGCUGUGACAGACAGUAUUUUUUUUGUUUUUUUGGGACUGUGCAUCUCCUCUAAUGGAGCAUACAGCACUGCAGUCAAAGCUAAUGAUGUCUGAGAUACGGCAAGCCACUAGUGCCAAAUAUCGGCAGUCAGGAAAAUGUCAGUGAAAACUUUGUAUUUUACACCAGCAAGUCGUAUUUUGAGCACUUCCUUCCUCAUUGAUCUCGUUGCCUGUUUAUGAAAAGCCAAGGAAAACGUUCUAUCAGAUCGUAGAACGUCACUUUUUUUGUUUGUUUUUUCCUUUUCAUAAAAAUACAGCCGUUCUACAUCUGUAUGACACGAACAGAUGUAGGUAAGAAGCGAAGCGCGCUGUAAAGUAGGUGAACUCCUCCCCCCGAACAGAAGGCCAUAUUUUACACCAGCAAGUCACAGCGAUUUGAACGCCUCCUUCUCAGCGCGUACGGUUCGAUCAAGUCAUCAAAACAUCUCAUGCCACAUGAACACGGAAAAAAAAGGCCCUGUAUCUUGGGAAUGCCACUUUUUUAGUAGCUCAUCGUCGGGCCUGACUUAAAAAGUGGCUUUUAAUCAGUCUGACUUUGUCAGCAGCAAUUUUAUGUACCGAAAAAACAUAAAAUGUUACCAUUAUUGGUCUAGUUUUCUAAGGUAAAUAUCUUUGGUAUAUUUGAAAUAAGACUAAACUACAAGCAAUCAUGGGCUUAAUUUAAGUUAAUACAUAACUUCUUUUCACUGAUGAAGAAUUACUAGCUUUACUGGCUGAUUAUUUUGCUUAUAACUAGUAUUUUUUCGUAAAUAUGAAGUAAUUAUUGACAUAAAACAAGCCCGUACAUCUUGCUUAAACGACGCUUGUGAGUCCGUUUUUGUCCUAUUUCAAGCGUCCUAUUUCAGGCAUUUGCACUAGAAACCAAACCAAAAGCACUUGGUAAGGUUUUGUGGUUUUGCAGCGCACCAAUAUUUGGCACUCAUGUCUUGCCAUAAUAUAAAGGAAAUAGGGAGAGCCAUAAAGGACGACAAGCUGUCGUUUGCGCCCACGCGCCAACGUAAACACAUCCAGACUGACGGGUUCAGGUUUGCUUCCGGUCAGGGGUAGGGUGCGUAACGUUUACCCAGCGACAGAGUCCAGCCCAUCAUCAGCCAGCGCUGACAUCACCCUCGGACCGGCGCUGCAGGGUUAAAAGGCGACCCCGGCUUGAAGACUCGGGGAGGACUCCGGUGGCUCUUGCGUGUCGUUAACCUCUUGAGUUAACAACCUCAGCAGCUGCCGGUGAUUUUGUGUGUGUAUGUGUGUGUGUGUGUGUGUGUGUGUGUGUGUGUGUGUGUGCGUGCGUGCGUGUGUGUCCCUGUGUUUUAACUCAGCAUGCGCCCAUCUGCAAAACUCAUCUAGAGCAUAUAUUUUUGUUUCGGAUCACCGCGCCUCUAUUCAUCUACACCAGCUUAGGGAGUCAUUACCAAAUUACCACAAAGCAUAUCUCAUUUUCAUUCAUUCUAGCGACCGCUUAGUGUUAUUCAAUUUCGGGAGGAAUUAUGGAAAAAAAAUAAUAAAAUAAAUAAAAAUAAUAAUUAAAAAAAAGAGUAAGCAGAGAAAUGUAAAUAUAUGGAUAGAGCCCUGUUUAAGAUUUAAUUUCCACCUGAACACUGCUCAUAAGAAGAAUUUAAGAUUAGAUUUUUGUAAUGGAGGAUGUUUGUAAAUAGCCGUCUUUUUAAAGUGUGUUUUGUAUGAAUCCUUGCAAUUUCUUUUUUGUUUGUUUUUUUUGUUUUUUUUGUCUUCAUUUUCUUUUUCCUUUAGACUUUUAACUGAAUAUUGCAACAUGUGCUGUCUUUUACGCAGCAUCCAGUAUUGUCGAAAAAGUCUUUGUUACCACACGUGUUUUAAAAAUAUUAAUAAUAAUAAAAUAAAACUAGGAUUCAGAGAGGGGGAGGUUUUGCUUUUAUUUUUUGUGUUCAACAGGAAGUUUUACGUCUUCAGACUGAACCUUUGUCACCGAGUGGCUUUGAAACAGGACAGGUUGCUGGAACGAUGAUGAUGAUGAUGAUGUUGGAGGCGCGGCUCAACUCUGCAUAUGACGAUGACGACUGUGUUAUUUCGCUCCAUUUGAGCCUCUUUCACCCAUGGCGACGCCAAAAGAGAAAAGAUGCUGGUCCAAAAAAAAAAAAAGAAGAGUCUGAUUUCAGCUUUUAUAAGUCUAGAGGGCCGGAAAGGGGGGAAGGUUGCAGGGAAGGAGGGAGAAGGAGAGGCGGGGAAAAGAACGAGGCCUCGUACGAGAGCGUGACAGUGGCCCGCUCGCCAAUAAAUCAUCUGGUUUACACCGCUCAUUAUCUCCCAGGCGGUCUUUUGUUUUAAAGAUGCUCCCUCUCCUCCCGCUCUCCCGCUGCCCUUCUCCUUUGUCGUCCCCUCCUUCCUAAUUUAGCACAAGGAUGCUGUAAGGUGGUUUCUGCUGGGUUAUUAUUUUUUUUCUUCUUUCAAAGCCACAGUAUUAUGAUUUAUUUUUCUCUCAAUGUGCAUGUGAAAGCAAAGACCUGUUGAAUUUACUUUCCUUUUGUUGGAAUCACAAAUGUUAUUUUAUGUUUUGUUUUCUUCUUCUUCUUGUCAUUCACUUAUUUACCACUUCUCAGCGUAACCUGUCGGCACCAGCUACAAUGGAAACAAACGUUCCACCAGUUUGGAAACUACAGCAUAUUGAUAAAUAAAAUUUUUCCCAUGGAA